AUGUCGAAUAAUUUAACCUUUUUUGUACCUUAUCACACGGGUUAUGCUCAUAUAGAAAUGAUUCUUUCUUUUGCUUCAUUUGCCGACGUUCAUCUCUUUGUUUAUAAAUGGAAUCCAGCUCAACAACUCGUUCGAGACUAUUUUUCUAAAUCAAAUCAUAUUCAAGUACAUGAAUUUAGUAUUGAUUCUAUUCUUGCCGAACUUAUCAUACAGGAAGAACAACAACAUCAAGUAGUCGUUCUUCUCACUGCUUCCAUAAACUAUUCACUUGGACAAUUACAACUUCGUUUCUUUUGUAGUAUACAAAAAAAUGUACCUUCAAUUAUUGAUGUUUAUUCUACAGGUCAUUGUAUGUAUGGAUGUCAAAGUUGUGCUCAUGCUUAUUCACAUCGACUACCAAUUACUUUUACUAAUUAUAUGCGUACGAAACAUUUAUCAUCUACUGAAAUAGAUAAAAAUAUUGAAGUUGUCAUUUGUCCAAGUUUUUCAUCUGAAGAAGCUCCAUUUAGUCUUUUGUCAAAUCAAAAAAUUGUUGAACAAAUUGUUGCUUUCUCAUUUCCACAUAUUAUCAAACUACAUCCUAGUACAUAUCAAACAAAGAAUGACGAUAAUCCAUUAGUAUCUCUAAGUAAAUUAGAACAAGAUCAUGUGUGCCAUUUUCUUACUUCGAAAAAUGUUUUACCGGAUACACAAACAAAUACAUUAAAAUAUAUUGAACAUGCUCGUGUUAUUAUUUGUGAUUCGGAUUCAUCGAUUCCAUUCGAAGCACUCUAUUUUAAUAAUCAAAAACAUAUUUUAGUUUAUGAAAUGCCUGAAAAACAUAAUAAAGACGAUGAUCGGCAAACAUAUUUUCAUUCUUUUCAUACGCCUCAACAAUUAACUAAUCUACUCGAAUGUUAUUUUGCUGGAAAUCUCGAAUGUAAAACAGAACAUAGUCAUGAAUUCUUUCUGAAAAAAUAUGAUGAACCUGAUGGAAAAGAAAUAGAACGACUGGCUGAUGCACGCCAUUGGAUGACUAAACAUAACAAUCUUCAUAAGAACUUUGAUAUUGAAAAAAUUAAACAAGACAUCAAAGAUCAAUUUCAAUCACCCUUAACACAGAUGACUCUUUAUGCAUUAGGCGAACAUACCAGUGCACAAAUAGAUGAACUUUGGUAUGCUGAUAUGAAUGAUGUAUUUAACGUUUUACUGAAUAACAUAGAUUCAUUUUAG